AGAGCCGAAGCAGCGAGGCGCCGGGACCCCGGAGUUCCGAAACUUACUCGGGCGCGCGCGCGCCGGGUCUUCUUCCUCUCUUCACUGCGAGUCAGUGUCAACUUUGUCACGUGAUAGCGCGACUCUCAUAUGCGUUGCCCCGUCGGCCGGCUUUAGUGCGUUAUCGCGCGUCUCGUGUGUGAAUUAAGAGGGAGGGGGGGCAAAACUAACCGCGAAAAAAAAAUACGCAAAAAAGGCAGCGCUGAAGCCCACUUUCUGCUCGGUAGCUCGUUUCACGCCGCAAGUGAAACAGCGUGUCUCGUGGAAGCUUGUGUCGUUGCCGCCUCUGUGUUCACGACGAUGUAAUAGUGCCCUUCGCCUAAGCCGUGGCUUCCAGCGCAGUGAGUGUGUUUCAGAGUGCGGUUUUGCGGUGUGCAUUGCGUGUUUGUGUGCUUCAGCGGUGUUCGAAGAGUGCCUGAAACUCAUGGAGCAGCUCUUCGUCGGCCAGAGUGACGUGACGCGGUAGUCCUCGGUCACUGUGACAGUGUGAUCGAAUCGGCGUUGGACGCAGUUCUGCGAAAUAUUGGUGCUUUUUUUUUAUAUAGUUAUGUGAUACCAUCUGAAGUGGCUUGGUCAACCUUAUUUUACACGUGUGCUCCGGAAAGUGACGGAACGCAGGAAUGUACCUUUAUCAGUAGCUUCCAUUGACUCUGCAGAAGCUAUUAACAUAAAUUAUUCGAUGGAAUUGUGCAAGAACAACAAUGCCGUGCCGUGAGUGCAGCUGCUGAUGUGACGUCUUCCGGUGUACUCGUGAUGAUGUUCCCGUUGUUAUGACGAGUGUUCGCUCUUGUUAGUGCUGCACGGAAAAUAAUAGGCGACGGAUUUCGGAUGGAUAAGCCGGGCUAAUCUUUGUGCAUCGUUCACGUGACAUCGGCUCCAAUGGCGUGCCUCCGAAGUGAAGUGUCACGUGAGGAUGUCAGCGUCAUAUCAACGUCACCGCCGGCCCAGCAGCAGCAGCGCUCCAUCGUUCAGAUCUACACGGACUGGGCAAACCACUACCUGGAGCGUAGUCGCUACAAACGCUACAUCCAGGACCUGCAGAGUGACAUCACCGAUGGAGUGCUGCUCGCCGACGUCAUCGAUGCAGUUGCUGGUGUCAAGGUGCCAGACAUCAACAGGAAGCCCAAGACAAAUGACCAAAUGGUGAACAACAUCAGCGCUUGCCUCACGCACCUGAGGUCCAUCGGUGUCACAUUCGACGGCGUCACUUCGAAAGAGAUCCGCGAAGGCAACCUGAAGGCUAUCCUGGGCCUCUUCUUCAGCUUGUCCCGCUACAAGCAGGCACAGAAGGCUGCCGCCGCCGCUGCCUCUGCGGGCAGCACGGCAAAAGGUGCAUCACGGCAGCAUCUGCAGGGCUCCCAUGGCAGUCUCGCUUCGCCCACGGCACCUAGCGCAAAGUCACCGCCAGACCUGAUGGCAGCCUCCAUGCACGCCCCGAACAACUGCUCGAGGCUUCCCUCACUGCUCGGCACGAAAGCUCGCGUGAAGGAAGGUUGCUCCAGUGCUAUUCCGGCGCCCGGCCCGGCGGCGCAGUGCGCAGGGACGCUUCACCGCAGAACGCCCCCCGCGACCACCGAUUGCAACAACCGGCUGGUGCACGCGCCGGGGAACAACUCCGCCGUCGCUUCGUCCAAGAACCACCAUCCGUCCACUUCCCCCGGUUCUUACUCGGCCCUGCCUGCGGGCAUUGUCGCCAGCAACGGCCUCAACCACAUCGCCGGUCCCACCGUAGAAAGUGACAGCCGCCUCCGAGACAGGAGCUGCGCAACCGGUCCUUCGGGCAUCGCGGCCCCCAAGACAUCGACAAGCUGCAACAGUUCGCGGUCCGGGUCACCGCACACCGGCUCUUUCAUCCCGCAGCCCAAGUCGGCAGUCGUCACAAGGGACCGCACAGCAAACAGCGACAGGUCCAGGCCUUCCUCGACCGCUUCGUCGUCGUCCAUCUCGCACCUUCCCGUCAAGAACGCUGGCGUCCCGGUGCGCCAGCAGCCACCGGCCCAGUCCAACGGACCGGGCAACGGCCACGUGAUCCCCAAGGGAUCGCACAUCGCCUCCGCCCACCACAACGGGGCCGUCGUCGCCAACCACAACAACAACACUGUCAACCACCACAGUAGCAGCAACGGCAACAACAACUCUAUGCUCGACAAGUUCAAGUUCUUCAACUCCAAAGACAAGUCGCAGGACAAGAGCAAAGUUCCGAAGCGACCGAGCAGCGGCGGAGGCUUCAGCUCGGCGCGCAGCGAACGGAGCGACUCGUCUGUCAGCCUAUGCGGCGACGCUGCGCCAGGUGGCUCACCCAACGGUCCCGGCUCGGCUUCAGGCUCAGAGGCCGCGAGCCAAGCCAAGUCGUCAGACUCAGGAACCGCCGUCGUCUGCAACGGGGGUUCACCAACGGACCCUCGGGAGCCACUCCCGGGAACGACGUUGGCGCUGACCACGGGGCUGGUCAGUCCAAGAGCACCUCGUCGGCGGCCAAGGGUCCCGCCAAAAAGACUUUUGGCAGGGCGGCCAGGCAAACAGCAGCAGCCUGGGUCAUCGGUGGCCAAGGUGGCAACAUCGCAUGCAGGCUCUUCCGAAACCGUCCGUUCCGGCCUUCCCCGGUCCUCUCCGUCCACCGAGACGCUCAACAGGACUGCGACGCGCAGGCCCAACGCUGGCAGCGGGCACCCGCGCCCCGUCAGCAGCGGUCACGAACUCGCGUCGCACGUCAAACCCGAAAAGUUCCCGUCCCCGAAAGCGCAGGACUUCAAGCCCGUACCUAACGGUCCUAACGCAUCCGAAGACAAGAAGCAUCAAGAAGCGGAAAUGAGCUCGGCUGCGCAACUGAACAACCCGGGCAGCGGUAUCCCAAAGCCUACCGCUGCCGUCAAGGGGACGACGAAGCAGUCCAGGGAGGACCUGACUACCAUCGGUCUUGCUCAACCGGAGAAGAUUAGAAAUGACAUCAAACAGAACGGCAGCGUGCCCAUCAGUCCCGCCGGUGAUCAAGUCACUGCUCAGAAGCAACCCGACGUCGUCGACGUUGAGUCCAAUAACCCGCCUCUCGCUGACGACAGUGGCUGCCAGGAGCAGCAGGAGCAGUCGACGCCGUCCUCCAGCGACACGAACGGCGGCGUUCGAACCGAGACCCUUCCCAAAAGCGAUCGCUCCAGGAAGACGCAGGCCCAGAGCGUCAGCAUAGCGAUGGUAUCUCCCAUAAUGAGCAGCCAGCAUUCGUUCAGCAAGGACUCGGUCACGGCGUCCUCGACAGAAUCCUCGUUGUCUACCGUGGUCUCCGUCAAGGAGGACAAGGCUUCUACGGUGAUAGCGACAGCCAACCAGAACCAGCAGAAUCAGGACAAUCGCGGCGGCGGCAACCAAGGCAGCCUCGUCAACGGCGGGUUGACGAAAACGGUGCGUCAUCCUGAAAACAGUGUCGAGCAACAAAGCGAUGUCGGUUGUCAGAAUGUGCUUGCUGGCAGUGGUGACCAAGUGAAGAUGAACGUGAACGGCGAGUCGACCGGUACCAACGGCUUGGUGGGCGCCGUCGAGUCUACAGUGAAGUCAGUGCCCGCCGAGACCAAGCUGGUGCCUAGGGCUAACUCCGUGGACUCUUCGUCUGGAAAGGACGGAGAGGAGAUGGAGGAGGCCCUCGCCAACAUCCCUCCCAUGCAGCCCCUCCCCAGAGCGUCCCCGUACGGCAGCGGCUACUCCCGUGGACUAUCCGGUCACCGGGCUGCGAGGCUACCCGCGUGUCUGCGUCUCCAGGCGGACGUGCAGCGUGUGGCGAAGAACAUGCUGGCCGCGUCCCAGGACAUCGCCCGGCUGUACGGCGCCCAGAGACCGACCGCUUCGGUGGCCCUGCACCACCCCACAUACCACCACCACCUCCAGCAGCAACAGCAGCAGCUACAACAGCAGCAGCAGCAGCACGCCGACUACGCCGAACUCUCGGCCGGAUACGUCAGCGACGGCGACGUGCUGCGGGCGCCGCGCGCUUGCAGCACCGAGGAGUCGAGCGGGUACGUCAGCGAGGGCGGCAUCGCCUCCCUGUACGCCGUGUCCUCGCCCUGCCGGCGGCCCGCGCGCUACGCCAUCAGGGACCCCAAGCUCAUCAACGUCCUGCAGGACGACAGCAACGACAGCACCACGACAUUGGUCGCGACCAGCACGAAUCAGCUGUACCCGCCGAGAAACUGCUUCGACGACAGCAGCUCCAUCAGCAGCGGCCUAAGCGACACCUUCGCCGAACUGAGCACCAACGACAACCUGACCGACUCGUCGCUCAGUUCGGACCCGUACGGAUGCCUCAAGCGGCGUCCCCACCACCCGGGCAUGGCGCCGUCGGGCACGUCCGGCGGAGCCUGCAACAAGGGCGUUCCGGACAGGUCCACCCGGAAGACGUCGGACCACCACUCCUCCGGUUCCGGCGUCGUAGGUGGUGGUGGCGGCGGGAUGCUGCCCACGACGACGUCCAUCCGGAGCAGGAACGCAAACGUCAAGAAGACGGACAGUUCCAUGCAGACUGACUCCAGCGCCCUCAUGCAGCAAGGAGGAGGCGCUGUGCCCCCUCACCUGCAGUCGGCGGCAAACUGGAAGAAGUACGUCCAACAGCAAGACUUGCAGCACCAGCAGUCCAAGACGAAUUCCACGGAGUCGCUAAAGUCCAAGGAUAGCAAGAGGAGCGGCGGACAGUCGUCGAGCAAGUUUGGCAAGUCCGCGGACAGCAACCGCCACGACGCGAUCCACUCCAAGAGUGGCAAGUCCAGGACGGGUUCCUCUUCCUCCGGAAGCGGGGAGACCAAGUUGAGGUCCUUUUCCGCCGACACGGCCAUGAUUGGCAGCGACCUGGCGCUCGACAAGAUGCGGACGUCCUCCGCCGCCGGCAUAGGUACGCCCGUCAGGUCUUCCGGCAUAGAGUACGCGUCCACGGCGGUAGUGGUGACGAACCGGAAGCUUCCGGGACGGCCGUCAAACGUCCCCGGCUCGGGACCUCCCUCCGCGUGCAUGAUGGUCCCCGGGAAGCGCCCGUCCAGCACGGCGUCUUCCGGAAGCGGUCGCAGCGGCGGCAGCUCCCAGGCGAAGAAGGACGGCUCGGCGGAACUGGACCAGCAGUGCCGGACGUCGAGCCUGACAAGGACGGGCGAGCUUUCGCGCGGGACCAGCCGUUCCUCGCUCGAGCGCAAGGCCAAGGUGUCUGGAAGUACGCAGACGGGGCCCGGCGUCAACGACAUGUUCGUGUCGGCCCACUCGGACUCGGAGUACUGUUCCUUGGGCAGGUCCUCAGGGAAGCAUGCCAAGCAGUACAUUCAGACUGCCUUCGGCCCCGGUGGUUCCCCCGCUUUGGGCACCAUGCGGGAGCGCAUCUACGGGACGAGAACGAUGCUCAACGGGUCGCCGCCUUCGUACAUCUCCAAUUCAGAUUACGUCCUUCUUUCUGGCUUCCAGCACGGUACGGCCCCACUGCGGGACCGGCCGCGCCUGUCGGUGCCGUCGGCCAAGGGCUCCGAGAGCGAUAACUACAUGACGCUGGACCACUCGAGCCCGUACGCGUGGCUCCGGCACAGCCCGACCUCGGGCUCGGCGUCCGUUGCCUCGGCCCCCGUGGGCCGCAGCCCAUUCGCAGCCGGCGCGGGCAUCGCCGAGGCCGACAGCAUGGAGUCCUUGUCUUCCACGGCGUCCAGCGCCCACGGACAGUGGUCGUCUGUGAUGUUAUCCUCCGGCGGGACGCCCGACUUGUCCGGUCGGCGGCGCCGUCGCGUCGCCGACGUCAUCGUGUCCGGCACCGCCACCUGCCCCGGCCGCAUAGGCCGCUCCCCGGGCUCCUCUUCGCGGUCGGCCAGCAGCGCCCCGCAGACCCCACCCGAAGACGACGACGACGACGAGUACAGCUGCUGCCCCAGUCCCGCCCCGGAACCCCCCGCAGCCCGAACCCCUUCCUGCCCCCCGUCGCCCCUGGGGCGACAGGCUGCCUCCCGGUACAUGUACCUGUCGUCGCCGCUGCACGGCGCUGCCUCCAUGGGGGCGCGCAACUCCAUGACCAUGUCCCACUACGCGUCUGGCCUCGUCUCCAAGAUGGCCAACAAGGACGACGACGCCCACGGUUCGUCGCUGUCCCUGGUCUCCACAAACUCGUCGCUGUACUCAACGACGGAGGAGAAGCAGGCCCACGAGAUCCGUAAGCUCCGCAAGCAGCUCGAGCAGGCCAACGAGAAAGUGGCCACACUCACCUCGCAGCUCACCACCAACGCGCACAUGGUGGCAGCCUUCGAGCAGUCCCUGUCGAAUAUGACCUCGCGGCUUCAGCAUCUCACCGUUACCGCUGAACAAAAGGACUCGGAACUGACGGAGCUGCGCAACACCAUCGAGGCGCUGAAGCAGCAGAGUGCCGAGGCGGGCCUCACCAAGAUGGCGCUGCAGUCGAUGGCGGCCGUGCAGCGAAGUAUGGCCCCCGCUAACGGCGCGCCCCCCGGUGGUGGCGGUGGUGGUGGUUCGACUAACCUAGUGCGCCGCCAUACCUUUAACACGCCCAAGGACGCUGCCGCCGGUGCGCUCCAAGACCAGCACAUGUCUCGCCAGCUGUCGGCGGACUCCAUGUCGAGCGUCAACUCGGCAUCAAGCGCCUGCAGCAACGCCUCCACUAGGCACGAAGAGUCCUGCAAGAACAAGCACAAGAAGAAGAAAGGAUGGCAGCUUCGGAGCUCGUUCAGCAAGGCAUUUUCCCGAAGCAAGAAGAACCGGCAUGGCUCGGUGUCCGACGUGGAGGACAUUCGGGCUCUACACUCAGACUCGUCGACUCCCAACUCACCGCUGCUGGGACUGGGCAGCCCACCCUCCCUGCUCACCGCCAAUGGCCUGCCACACUCACCCCUUGGGUGCGGCACCGAGAAUGGCGAGCUGUCACACUCCAGCUUUGCGCUCAACGAACACGACGAAGAAGAUGGUGGGCCCGAGCUGGUGCGCGAAUUGAGGAAGCAGCUGCGCGAGAAGGACCUGGUGCUCACCGACAUCAGGCUGGAAGCCCUGUCUUCGGCUCACCAACUGGACAACCUCAAGGAGACGCUAUCCAAAAUGAGGAAUGAAAUGCACAGCCUCAAGCAGGACAACGACCGGUUACAUCGGCUAGUCCGCAGCCAGUCAUUGAGUGCGUCACAGAGUUCUCUACCUCACCGGAGCAGCAUGGACAUGCUCGACAAGCGACUCAGUGCCCACGAAAUCUCCUCUGUGCUUGACCUGCACGAUGGCAUCAAUGGUUCUGUUCCGGAGGGCAAGCGUGUUACUGUCACCGUUCAUCUGGUGUGUCAUGGUGACGUCGAGAAGUGCCUCACAAAAUGUGAGGCACCAGAGGAGGCCCUGAUUGGUUCCUUGUACGUGAGUGGCAAGACCAAGUGGGACAACCUGGACAGUGCAGUGAAGAAAGCGUUCAAGGAUUAUGUCCUGAAGGUGGAUCCUGCAUCGAACCUGGGCCUGAGCUCCGAGAGCAUACUUUGUUAUCACAUUGAUGACAUUGUCCGUUCCAAAGAAGCUGAGCUUCCAGAGUUGCUGCCUUGUGGUUAUCUUGUUGGUGAAACACUGAAGAUUCAAGUUGUGGUCAGAGGGACCGCGCAAAAUGCAGUGGAUGCCCUUGCACUCCAGACGCUCAUUCCCAAGUCCAUGAUCCAGCGAUACGUCUCUCUCCUGACGGAGCAUCGCCGGAUCAUCCUCUGUGGCCCGAGCGGUACAGGGAAGACCUUCCUUGCUCAGAAGCUGGCCGAAUACCUUGUGCUCAGGUCUGGCAGAGACUUGGCUGCUGGCUCCAUCGCCACCUUCAGUGUGGACCACAAAUCUGCAAAGGAGCUGAGGCAGUAUCUCUCUAAUGUGGCUGAACAGUGUGAAAACAGCAGUGCCAGCGACCUGCCAACUGUCAUCAUCCUGGAUAACCUGCAUCAUGUGGGCUCCCUGGGAGAGGUGUUCAAUGGCUUUCUCAGUGCCAAGUACCAAAAGUGCCCGUACAUAAUAGGAACCAUGAACCAGGCCACCUGCUCGACAACGAACCUGCAGUUGCACCACAACUUCAGGUGGGUCCUGUGUGCCAACCACAUGGAACCGGUGAAGGGCUUCCUGGGGCGCUUCCUUCGGCGCCGCCUGGUCGAGGAGGAGGUCAGCACGGGCCUGCGACUGGCAGAGCUCGGCAAGGUGGUGGACUGGAUGCCUCGCAUCUGGCACCAGCUGAACCAGUUCCUCGAGACGCACAGCUCAUCGGAUGUCACCAUCGGACCUCGGCUGUUCCUUGCAUGCCCUAUGGAUGUGGCAGGCUCUCAGGUGUGGUUCACCGACCUCUGGAACUACAGCAUCGUGCCGUACCUCCUUGAAGCAGUUCGCGAGGGCCUCCAGCUCUAUGGACGAAGGGCAACAUGGGAAGACCCAGCUGAAUGGGUUCUGGAGACCUAUCCAUGGCCGGGGCCGAUAUCUGAAGCUCCACAGCUACUGAGGCUACGGCCAGAAGACGUCGGUUACGACCCGUGCGCGGGCCCAAAGGUUGCGCCGGACCAGGCUGACUCAGACGCAGAUCCCCUGCAAAACAUGCUGAUGCGCCUUCAGGAAGCAGCCAGCUACUCAAGUCCUCAAACCAAUGACCCCGAGUCGGCUGAUCUGGAGGCCACGGACACUUCCUAGCUUAUUUAGCACAAUUUAUAAGGAAGACGAAGAAUCUGCAGAGAAACUCCAGAUCCUACAAGGUCACCAGGCCAUCAAAACAAGCCGACGACUGCAUUCUCUGUUUGAAGAUGCAAUGCGCAACAUGUCUCAAAGUUUAUCGAGAUUUCCCAGAGUUUUGUACAUUUUGUUUUUUCUACAUUCUUUUUUUUUGAAUGCCACGAACAAAUAGCUGCUUUCAUUGCUUCUUGCAGAAAAGCAGCAACACUCCUAGGCCUAGUCUCUGUUCAAAAGAAAAAAAAAGAAUAUUAUGGGAUGGCAGAACUGCUUGUACAUAGAACCUGAAUUUUUGUAAAUAAGAAAAAAAAAUGCCUGCCUUUUAACGAGUUAUGCGUCCCUAUCCCACGAAUGUUUUGUACAGAACAGAAGAGAACUGACAGGAAAAUAGCAGAGUGUCGCGCGAGAUAUUCUUGUACACGCCUCUUUUAUACUAUGUAAACACUUGGCGAAAGUAUGUGCUGGAUUUGUAUUGUCGAGGAGAGCAGCAUAGAUGUCACAUUUUGAAUUGGACAAAAAAAAAAAAGUUAGAGCAAGGUGAACUACAACAAACCUUACUUUGCUUUUCGCAAGUGUUGAAAGGUUGACAGGGAAAGCAACACGCACCAAACUUAGCUUUUAUCUCUUUUAAUGGAAGUUUAAAGCCAUGUUCAAACACUGGAGGUGCGUGGGAUGGUAAAUAAAACAACAUCAUUAAUUUUAUUAGUUGAUGCCUUUUUCUCAAGUUUAAAGCAUUGCAACUUCCCAAUAAGUUCAUGCUUUAUAUAAGUGGCUGACGUAAUCUAUGUCAUUAUUUUAACUCACAACCUGAUCAAAUGAAUGUUCCGGUGCAGAGUUUCGGUGCUAUAUUAGGUUGAAAAAAAUUUUUAACCUGGGGACACAAUGGCACCACUUAUUAUACUUUUUAUUCAAUGACUAAACAUUGUCAUUAAAUGUCCUAUGAGGCACUUUUAAUGGUCUUCUUCAUAUGUUGCCAGUCAUGGUGAAAUCUGUACAAAAAUAUCACCGGUCAGCUAAAAAUUAAAAAAAUGAACCGCUGGAUGUGUCUUGCAGUUAUUGUUAGUAAAAGCCAGUUGCCACAUUUUGUUGACACCAAAAGGUAUGUACACAUUACACAUGCUUUCACUGUUGCAAAAUACAUCUUCUUUUCCUGAGCUUAUGCAAGUAAAGACAAUUACACAGCACUGAGACAAAUUUCAUGUUUUAAGGUAUUCAAGCAAUAGCUACAAUUCUCUAAAGUGUGAUCAUUUCCAGUGCUUAUCAUAAUCAUUUCAGAUGUCUCACAAAAGGAGACUACAAACUCCUUAAUGACCUUCAGUGUGAAAGUGGUCACAACUUCAGACGACGUUCACAAAAUGGGGCAGGCAGCACAUAUAAGCUUUCUGGUUCUACUAAUUCUCUAUAUUCAUCUUCACCAUGCUUGCUCUGCAUCUCUAGUAAAAUUUCUCUGCACAACACAUCGCUCUGAAAGCAUCCAGUGGUGAUAAUGAGAAGGUUAUUAGUAAGAGAAGGACACGGAGACACAUGCUUUCAGGCACUUGCAUCCGUGGCAGAUGAAGUUUGUGGUUGUACACAUAUAAGUUACGGUCCACCUUUAGCUCUUUGGAGUCUACUAUGUACAAUUGGUGGCAAGCAAAGACUGAACAGGAGACUCACAAGUCACAUUAUAAAGAAAUCGUAAAACGGUUCUUGACGGAUGCAAUGUGCCAGUGUGGUUUAUUUGAACGGCGUUAUGUGAAAACGUUGAUCCCUGGUGGAAAAAACCAAAACGGCACCUUUAUUUCAUUUUUUGCACACUUGUAUUGUUGCAUUCGUGGUUUCUUUACAGCCAAGUGUAGAGUAUUCAUCAAGAGUACCAGUGUGCUUGUUACAGAGCCUCACUGUUAAUGCCUCCUACAGUGCUGUCUGCUCUUAAGGGAAACACCUUGUUAUUCUCCAGCCUGAUAUAACUUCAACAUUUUUCUACAUUAUCCGAAAAAAAAGCCAAAUAUGUUACAUCAUUCAAAUAUACAUAUAUAAUAAGGCCUGCUAGCCUUCAUUUAAUAUUUAAGCUGCCACGAAUACUUGAUAAGGUGUUUCCUAUACGACAGCUGUGUACAGAGGCAUGUCUUCUUUUGUGUGCUCGGAGAGAAUUGGAUAUUCGCAGAACAAGGGACAGUUGACUUCCAGUAAUUCAGUCACGGAUAAUUCAGACCCUUGGUGCAAUUAAACAUGAUUAGAAAUUUUUGAUUGGUUCACAAUGUUUUCAAAGCAUAUUGAAGUCACUUUAAUUGAUGACGGUCAAAGAAGGAUUUCAGUUUAUUGAAAUGUCCAAGUGAAGAAGCUCGGCAUGGCUAAAAAUUGUUCAUGGGUUUAUAUAUUUAUGAAAAGUCAACACCUACCUGAACUUCAUAUUCAAAUUGCGGUGUAUGUUGAUAGGUUCUCAAUGUGAAACAGUGCCAGUCAUACGUCUGAACUAUGGAUACCCUGUGCUUUUGAGAGCUCUACCGUGUCUCAUCUUUUAGCAUAUUUCAAGGUGUCUAUUAGCUGAACAGAGCAAGGCAUGAAAUUGUUGCACAUACAUUUGUCUGUAUAAGGUCUUGUAAUUUUGUAACAGGCUAUAUUAUAUCUCUUGCAAUUCGAACUUGCGACAACUCUGAACAGAAUCCCAUGGUCAUCAAGGUGUUUGAAUUAUUGCAAGUCACCUGUAUGGUGAAAUCAGAUCCGAGCUCUGUAUAAGACAGAAAUGGUCACCUGGCAGUCUGCGGAUGGAAAACUGGUGCAAAAAAUUCAGGGAAGCUCCCUCAGUUUGCAAUGAUUUGCAUGAUUUAGUGCUUUAGUGUGGAUAUUACAGAUCUUCAACAACUGAGUGUUAAAAAAUUACAUCACAAAUAUUUCAUGAUCUUUACUUUUCUUGGCUUGCUGUGAAAAUGAUCUAGAUUUUAGGUGUUAUUUUACCUUAAACGGUUAAUUUUACGCAACAGUGCAUGCUGAACUGGUUUAUUUUUGGUAGCUUACAUGUUUUGCUGACACACAUCAACUUGAUAUGCAUGCAGUUGCUUCUGCAGGAUAUCUUGCGAUGGAUUAUCUUGAUUGCAGAAUGCACUGAUAUGCACAUGAGUUGCUGGAAGCAGGACUUCACUUCAGUUUUUGUAAUGAACCUUGUGUUUUCAUUACAAUCAGUUAACAGCCGCGAGGCUAAAGAAAGCUAAAUCUGAAGCCAUGUGUGUGCUUGUGUACGCCCACAGAUUCAUGCUGUGAGUAUACUAUGCAGAAUGUAACAUGGUUAGGUAUUUAAAAUUAUGUAUGUUUUGUCCCAGUCAGGUGAACUAUCUUUUUCCAUACAGGCUUUUCUUGCGUAGCACAACUUGAAAAGUUUUUAGACAUUAUGCCCAAAAGCGAGGCUUAUUUCAUCAGGUUAUUGCAUAUGUAUACUUGCAGUGAAUUUUUCAAUUCAUUUUUAUUCAGCGUUCAGUGGUUCUUAUGCACUGGGCAGUGACUUUAUUUUCUGUCUAGCAUUAAUCUAGUGCUAAUGUUAUUAAUUAUCUUAUUAAGUUAUCAAAGACUGAUGCUGCGUUGAGAUAAUUUACGCUAUUAUUUCGUCUGCCUGCCCAAACAUCGUGUCUGAUAUGCCACCUGCAACGACUGAAAAAAGAAUUUUAUUAAUAAUUUUCUGUGCUAGUGAGACUGUUUGCAUUCAGAGAUGGUUCAAAAGUAAAGAGCUGUAUUCUUCAUGCUUUUGUUGAUAUUUCACAUAAAAUGUCCUAAGUGUCACUGGAAAAACUUGCAUGGAGGUAACACUACACUUUAGAACAUGCAUAUGCUGUCCAGUGCUAUCCAGUGCAGAAAGGUGUCUGAGAAUUGUUUUAUGGAAGUUUGGAAUCAAUGAACACGGUUGAAAAUGAUUCUCAUACAAUUAAGAGGCCACCACAAUCAUUUGAUGCCCGGUGCUGUCAAUCGCAGUGUGAUCUAAACAAAUAUGUGCCUGCUUUUAAGUCAUCACUACUAAGCAAAAAGGUUCAGACAUAGACCCCAGGUCAUAUUAUUAAAUGACUGCUUUGCCGGUGGAAUAUUACAUCACUGCAAGCCAACCGGCAUGAAAUUUGCCACAGUAGUGUAAAAUGAGGAUAGUUCAAAAUGGCUGCUGAAUCAGAUCCAUUUUACAUUGCUCAUUGCAGUUAACAUGUCAUGUUUUCUGGUAACUUGUGUCUCCAUCAAAAUAAAACAUCACCGCGUGUCAAUAUUUUAUUAUCUGCUCUAACACAGCUGUUUAGUUUAAAGAAGUUAAGAAAAAAGACAUGCAUCCAAUGCAAAGCAAGGAAAAUUCUCGCAAAAAGCAGCAAGAGGUUACUGUCCUAUGUGAAAAAUGCUGGUUUGUUGUGAUUGUACCAUUACUUGCACAAGAGCUGCCCCUUUGCCUCUUUAGUAUCCAUAUUGGAGGGAGAACAUCCUUCCUCAGCUUGUCGACCCUGUCAUCCCUGUGCUUGUCUUAAAAAGUGUGGCCGCAGUCUUCUAAAAUGAAGAGUGUCAUUGUGCCCCAUAACAAGAAAAUAACUAUUGCUCUGUCAUGAAAAGUGUGGAAGAGAGAUGUGUGAAGAUAAUGCGAUUAAAGCAUUUUUCUUUAUAUUGAA